AUGGAUGUUAUAUUGAGAAAACUUCAAGAACUGAACCAUAGGUUGGAUAGUUUGACAAAUGAGAAAGGCUCUUCAUUUCCUUUUUCCGCACUCACACCUAUUGCUUCUGCACAAGUUUCCACUAAUUUGUGUGAUAAUUCUAAUAUUGAUGUGCUGGUGGGAAAUACUUCUUCUACUUCUGCAAAUAAUGAAGAUGCUACUAAUUUUAAUGAGCUUGAGAAAGGUUCUUGUAGAGUUUUGACAGAUUCUAGAGCUGUCAUGAAGAAUGGAACUAUGGUUAGCUCUACAAGGAAGAGAGAGGAACCUAAAGAAGAAAUUUCUAAGCAGCUUAAAGGGAUCAAGCUAUUUGGUUUCAAAACAAGGAGAAGAAGGCAUCGAUUAAAAAGGUUGAAGCAAAGGCCAUUACACAUCAUGCCAACAAUCCAAGAAAGUGAGGAGGAAGAGCAAACACUAUCAAUGGGGCCUGUUGUCAUGAUGGUCUUGGGAAAGGCUUGUUUGAUGAUUUUGCAAAACUAUAUGAAGAGAUUAACACCAGAAUGCAAGCUGGAAUUGAGAAAACUCGUGGAGGCAACAAGCUUAACCUUGAACACCAUGAAUUGGAGAGUAGAACAUGUGCAGCAAUGCUUAUGGCGUCUUCAAUUGUGCAAUAUGAGGAUUUUCAAGCUUUCUGCUCUAUCAAAGAAGAAAAGCCCAGGUCUGAAACUCAUGAACCUAAGGGCCAUUUUAUUGACUCUAUUAGCAUUAAUCCUUCUUUUACAUAUCAUGAUAGUAAUAAAUGUUUACAUGAAUAUGAUAUUUCAUUCAUUGAUGAGUUACCUACUGAAUCUGCACUCAGAAUUGAAAAUUCCUUGCAUAGAAAAGACAUUGAUCUGCUUUAGGCAUACUAGUGCUAGUCUUGAGUGUUUCACAUUCUUGCCACAUGAUAAUAACCAUGAUCAAGGGUCUUUCUAUUCUAUACUUUCAUGUGACCUCACACCAGACAUUAAGAGAUUGUGUGGUAUUGAAUAUGAUCUCUUUAAAUUUGCUUUUGGUCUAAAUGACUCUGUCUCUAAUCUAAGUUGGAGUCCUAGGCACAUUAAAGAUUCUUGGAGUCCUAGGCACAUUAAAGAUUCUAUGCAUGAGACCCUCUCAUGUAACUUACCAAGAGAUAUGCUUAAACAUAAGCCACUUCAUUUGGUUUAUAUGAUUUCUCUUGAUUGUAUUAAUGCUGUUUCUGGUCUUUUCUGGCAGAAACUUGAUGGCAUUGGAUUCCAAGGGAGCCAACAGCAACCAUAUAUCUUAGGACGGCCUCCAAUUGAUCCUGAACCACCACCAAAGAAGGAUGGUGAGAAAGACCAAGCCACAUUGCUGAAAUUCAUGAUUCUCAUCCAGGAUGAGAAUUUCUGCUUCAAGAGCCUAAAGAGGUUAAGGACUAAAGAAGAAUAAAGGAAGCAUUGGAGGGUGAUUUGGGCAGUAUAUGACCAAAGAGCAAAAACGCACCGUUUGGAGCUUCAGGAGAGGGGACCUCCAUUUCACACCGUCACUCAACAUCCGAAUUGGGGGAUUUCUUCGAUCACCAUUCCAAACCCACACCACCAAAUCCAUUCAUCUCAUAUCCAUCCCUCUCAUUCGCUCCAUCUUCGUCUUGCUCUCUCCAUCACUCUCACAAUCUCCAUCUCUCCAUCACCACCGUCUCACUCUCUCCUUCAGCCUCACCAUGGCCGAUCAUUCCGUGGACCUCAGUUAAGCUGCCCCAGUAAUGAGAAGCUAGUCGUCCUUAGUUCUCCUGGAAGUUGGAUCCAAGCCUGAGCCCUUACACUGCAGAAGGAGUUCUAUAUGAUUCUUCUGUUCUGAUUUGAUUCUGUAUUGUGUAGUGUGUGAGUUAUACAUUCAUUUUAUGGUUUCAAAUCUGAUAUUGCUAUGCUUGUCGUGGAACUUUUGAAUCUGAAUUAGAGUCUUGUGUUUAGUGAUUCUGUAUGCAUGAACUCUGUUGAAGGAUUGUAUCCUCUAUAUUACAGUAGAAUUGAUUUUAAUUCUUGGAAUUGA